GAGAAGCGAGACGAGAACACGGGUCGCUGCGCGCGGCUGCGAGCCGCACUGCCUCGUCAAGCUGUGUGGAAGCGCAGCGCGCGGGGUUCGAGGAAGCAGCCGAGUCGCUGCACCUGUCGCAUUUUGAUUUAUUUAUUCGCGACGCCUUUAAAUUGCACUUUAAGGUGUUAUAAAUGUGAAGAACGGAAACAAAGAACGCGAUCAGUGCAGAAUGAAGUAGUGGCUCCUCGCAGUGGAAAUACAGAAGGGGGCGGCUUUUGGGAGGAAGGGUGAAGGACAAGCAUGGCACUUUUCAAACUGGAGAAUGUGGAGGAUCUAUAUGAGAUUGGAGAAGUGCUGGGCAGCGGGCACUUUGGGCAGGUGCGGGAGGUGCUUGAGCGGGCCACGGGGACACGGUGGGCUGGAAAGUUCCUGAAGUUGAGAAAGAGCGCCAGCAGUCGCCUGGGUCUGGAGAGGAAGAAUGUGGAGAGGGAAGUGGAGAUCCUGCAAUCCCUGCAGCAUUGCAACAUCAUGGCCCUGAAGGAUGUGUUUGAGAGCAGAUCGGAGGUGGUGCUCAUCGUGGAGCUAAUCAGUGGUGGGGAGCUGUUUGACUUCAUUGCAGCGAAGGAGAGCCUGACAGAGAGUGAGGCCAUAGAGUUCAUUGAACAGAUCCUCCACGGCGUAGAGUAUAUGCACAGCAAGCGCAUCGCUCACUUUGACCUCAAGCCAGAAAACAUCAUGUUGUCGGACAAGCUGGUACCGCACCCCCACAUCAAGAUCAUCGACUUCGGCCUGGCCCAACACCUUACGCAGGGUGAGGAGUACCGGAGCUUGUGUGGCACUCCUCAGUACAUUGCACCUGAAGUCAUCAACUACGAGGCAUUGAGUGAAGGAACAGACAUGUGGAGUAUUGGUGUCAUCACCUAUAUCCUGUUAAGUGGUAUCUCACCAUUCCAAGGAGAUACGGAUGAGGAGACGCUGAGAAACAUUCUGGCCAUGAACUACGAAUUUGAUGACUACCAUUUCAGCCAGACUACUGCCAUGGCUAAGGACUUUAUCCAGAAGCUUCUGGUGAAAGAUCAAAAUGAGAGAAUGACAGCGGAAGAGAGUCUGCUACAUCCGUGGAUCAAGCCCCUGAAUCGAAAACAAGCUGCCAGUAGAUGUCGAUCUUCCAUCAACAUGAAAAACUUCAAGAAGUUCAAUGCCAGGAGGAAAUGGAAGAUGUCUUAUAACAUGGUAUCAGCAUGUAAUCGGCUCUGUCACCUGCAGCUACUAUGUAAAGCCAGUGCGAAGGCAAAUGAAGAGCUGAGACAGUGUGAGAGUGACCAGGAGGACACAGAGUCCAAACCGGCAUCCCUCCUUCGACGUCGGCUCAGCAGCAGCUCUUAGGCUUCUUCACCAGAAAAGCGAAAACACAAAUGACUGUCUCCUAGUCAGCCCUGUUCAGCAGCUCUGGUCUUGUGGAGAGAAUUGUUCAGUCAAGUCGCCGGGUGAGGGGGAGCGGUUCGUUAUCUUUCACUGACAAGUGUAAGAAAGUGUUAUUUUGUCAUCCAUAAAACACUUCUGGUUGAAAAAACAUAUUAUAUGUACGAGUACGUGAUACAAAAACAUUUCUUUAAAUUUGUAAACAAAGUUUCAGGACAGCCCACAUGACAUCUAGACUUGAUCACAGCAUGGGUCAUAUUUUCUAGGAUGGAGACUGGUUUCCUGAAAAAAGCGUCAGAGAGUAACUGCAUGUGUGUUAAAAUUCUAGGUAACGACUAAAAGUUUAUGAUAAAUGGAGAGUCUACAGUUGUGUCACUUGUGGGCAGUGUGCAUUGUACCCAGUCAGGUCACUGACAAUAAGUUCAGGACAAUGGACAAAAAUGUGCUUUCUUACAGUCAACCUUAUUUUUAUAACAUGUUUAUUUCGUAUAUUUUCUACAGAUAGUUGUGAUUCUGAAAGUGAUGUAUAAUACAAUGCUUCCU